AUGGCAGAUUGGGCAGGGCUUCAGCAUGAUCUUGUAAUUGAGAUUGCUGAACGGGUUCCUUCCAUGGAGAGCUACAACUCUUUAGGUGCUGUAUGCAAAUCAUGGCGAGAUGCUGCUACAAAAGGCCAUCUCAACCAAAAAGCUUUCGAGGGGCCGUGGCUUAUGCACGCAGAGAAAGGAGAAGAGAAAGGGUCUUCACCAGAGCAGCAACAGCAGGAGGGAAUGCGCGAAUUUUCCAGCGUCUCAUUAGGCGGCAAGACUCGUAAGAUUUUCUUACCUGAAGCUAGCAAAAAACGUUGCUUAUCAUGCAGAGAUUGGCUACUUGUAGUCGCCGAAGAUGAAAUCCAAGCAUGUCUUUUGCAUCCAUUGUCGCGUGUUCAAAUCAAUCUCCCUAAACUUAAUAAUUUACCGCAUUAUGAUAGUAUGAUCAGUUACAACUUGCAUUUUGUCGAAAAGGUGGUUUUAUCUGCAGAUCCAAGUUCAACCUCUGACUUUAUUGUCAUAGUCAUAUGGGGUCGUCGUAACAGGUUGGGGCUUUGCAAGCCAGGAGAUACCUCCUGGACUGCCAUGGAUGAGUGGCUUGAUCCAUUUUUUGAUAUAGUCUAUUGCAAUAACAAGUUGUACGCAUUGGAUUGGGACAGCAGAGUUGUAACAUGUGAUGUUGAUGGACAAAAGUUUCACCAAGUCUUUGCUCUGCCACCACAACUUAUUCCAAAGAAGUACUUGGUUGAGUUUUGGGAGAAAUUUCUUAUUGUUUACAGACAUAUAGAUAUACAAGAAGAUUUCUAUAAAACUGAAGGAUUUACGGUUUUUGAGGUAAACAUAGAAGAUGGUACGUCAGUGGAAGUUAAGGAUUUGGGGAAUAAAGCUCUAUUCUUGGGCUAUAACUCUUCGUUUUCCAUCGAGUGUUCUGACUUUAAUAAUUGUAAGCCUAAUUGCAUAUACUUCACGGAUGAUAGCAUGGAUAUAUACUUAUCUUUUGAGGAGGGUGGUGGCAAAGAUAUGGGCAUCUUAUAA